AUGGCGACAUUCCGAAGCGGGUUGUUGAGACGAGCGUUCAGGAGACACUGUUUCGAAUUACAUGUUGCUUCCAGACCUCGUUUCACCAACUCAUCGGCUUCGCACCUCACGGCUACUUUUAAACCAGCGUCAGUCAGCAGAGGCAAUGCUGUAUCAUUCAAGGAGCGUAUCCCCCCACGGUCCUGGGAUAGCCAUAUGCACGUCGUGGAGCCGCACCGCUAUAUGGUCUCUCGGGAUGCCGCGUACACGCCCUCAUCACAUACACUGGAGGAGGCUCUUGCUUUCGAAUCCACCGUUGGCAUGGAGAACAUCGUUCUUGUCCAGCCAUCCAUCUACGGCACCGAUAACUCAUGCUUACUCGCAGCUUUACAGCGCGUCGGCCCCGCUCGCGGGCGAGGAGUGGUCGUCAUCGAUCCUACCAGCAUCACCCACAGCACACUGGCCUCAUGGCAUAAAUUGGGUGUCUGCGGCAUCCGAGUAAACUUUCAAUCAGUAGGCAAGGUCCUCUCCGAGUCGGAGCUUGCAGAGACGCUCAUGCAGCAUGCAAAUAUCAUCCGUCCUCUUGGCUGGAUGAUCCAACUCUAUCUGCCUCUGCGAAUGGUUCCCAUGCUAGAAGCCAUCGUCCCCAGACUCGGAGUCAAGGUCUGUAUCGACCAUUAUGGGUCUCCAGACUUCUCGGGUAUGACCAUCGCGGAUGAAUUAUCAAUCAACCCAUACAUACUCCCGGGAUUUUCAUCCCUGGUCUCCCUCCUUCAAGCAGGCCAAACAUAUGUCAAAAUAUCCGCCCCGUACCGCUUCGGCGUCGACAACAGAUUACGUGACAUCGAGGCCAUUACCACUGAGCUCCUACAGAAAGCCCCGAGGCGGCUAGUAUACGCGACAGACUGGCCGCAUACUCGGUUUCCCGGGGUCGAUAUUGGCCCAUUCACCGAAAUGUGCUUGCGAUUGUGUGCCCGUGAACCUGGCUUAACGGAUCAACUCUUUCGGUUGAAUGCGGAGGAGCUGAUGAGGACAAAGGAAGAGUUCUCCUAA